AUGUUGGCCAGCUUGGAUCGGAGCACUGGCCUUCCCGCCGAGCUGCUGGAGCUCUACGGCCUGGUGGUUCAUUUCCUGCUGGGGGGAGAGACCACACUGGUGUACUACAAUCCCGCAGGACUCGACUGCCGUUGGGGGGUCCUGUGGCAGCGCAACCUGACUGCCCAUCCGCAGAUCGUGUGGCAGCGCAGCUACUCCUACCUGAACCUCUACGAUCGGUUAAGCUCGCCCCUCUUGGUGCUGGCCUGCUUGCCGGUGGACGCCAGUGCUGCGACUCAACUGGAAACGCUGGCCAAUAGCUUGAAGCACCUGCGGACGGCGGUUCGAUUGCUCAUCGAGGUGGCUGGUCCUGAGCAGGAAUCGCUGGCCCGUCAGUACCUCUCGUCUUGUCUGCGCCGCAGCAUGCUGCACGUGGAGCUGUACUUCCGGAACUACCACCCCUCGCUGAUGCUCUACACCUUCCAGGCUGUUCCCAGUUUCGAGCUGGUGAGGAGGCGGAUUUCGGGCGGACAGGGCGGGCAGCUGUUUGCCCAUAAACUGGAUAAUCUGCGGGGCCAUCGUCUGCGUGUCAUGCCAGAUCUGUCGCCACCGAACACCUUUUUCUAUCGCGAUGCCAGAGGCGCCGAGCAGAUGACCGGCUACCUGUGGGACUUCUUGGCCACGUUUGCCAGUCGGGUUAAUGCGGGUCUGGAGGUAGUGCGUCCCAGUUGGCGGGCAGGCUCGGCCUCCGAUAGUAGCUACAUGCUGGAGUACUCCGCGAAGGGCUUCAUAGACGUGGGCCUGACCACCACGCUGAUCACCAAGCGGAAUCUCCGGGGCAUCUACCAGUACAGCUACCCGGUGCUGAUCUCCAACUGGUGCACCAUGCUGCCGGUGGAGCAACCCCUACCAACCUCGGACUUGUUCGGCCGCAUCGUGUGUCCGGCGUUGGCGAUGGUCCUGCUACUCAUCAUCCUCGUGGCCAGGCUGUUGCUCACGCAUCUGAGUUGCCUGGCCCGAUUGAAGAACUCAAGGCCGGCACGGAUCGUGCCCCACCUGCUGGCCCUGCUCCUGCUGACCACCUGCAGUGCCCAACUGCUGUCGCUGCUGAUCUAUCCGCCCUACGAAGACAGAGUCGCCAGCUUCGAGGAUCUGCUGCGCGGCGACAGGAAGAUCCUGGGAAUACGCAGCGAGUUCUACGACAUGGAUGAGGCCUUCCGAGCGCGGUAUGCAGGCAUAUUUCACCUCAUUGACGAUCCCAACGAGCUGAUCGAUCUGCGCAACCACUUCAACACCACGUGGGCCUACACCAUGCCCUUCCUCAAGUGGAUGGUGAUAAAGACCCAGCAACGACACUUUUCCAAGCCCGUUUUCCGUUGGUCCUGGGAUCUCUGCUUCUGCGAAUUCAUGCCCACCAGCGUUGUUGUGGCCCCGGAUUCGAUUUACUGGGAGCCCUUGAAGGACUUCACCUUCAGUGUCCAUCAAGCUGGUCUACUGAAUCACUGGAUUCGAAAGAGCUUCUACGACAUGGUCAAGGCCGGCAAGAUGAGCAUCAAGGACUACAGCCAACUGGAGGUCCUUAAGCCCCUGAAUAUCGGCGACUUGGAGAUCGUGUGGUGGGUCUGUGGAGCAUUCAUCGCAGUGGCCUCUGCGGUUUUCCUGCUGGAGCUGUUGUACUUUUACAUCAACGUAUUCCUCAAUGGCUUGUAA